AUGGCGGCUGCCGAUCAGGAAAACGAGUCCAAUGCGUGGCAUGACUCUCACAGCAUCAGAGAGGGUGCAUGUGGCUCCGUUUUCGCAAGCACGGUCAUCAAGUCGUUGACGUCUACAAACGGCGUUGCGAUGCAACCUGAGGAUCCGAACGACAACCAAGUUGUCACGUUCAACGCAUACACCAGGUCAAUUAUCGACAUCUGCCGCAGCGACGUCACUAGGUUUUGGGAUAAGCAAAACUUCACAUUCAGCGCUCAAGAUGACGAAUGGGAGGGGGUUUGGCAUGAGCGAACGGGCAUCCCGUUGGGUAUCCCGCCGGGUCACUUCAAAGACCGGUGGAACCAGCUCGUCGAUGUCCCAUACGCCCGAGACUCGACAAAGAAGCUAUACCUGGACCCUCACCCGAGCAACACCGGCAAGACCGUCACAGCGCAGCCUGGACCUACAGGAGGCGUUCUUUGCUCUGCAAAUCCGUGGGAGACCAUGACGAGAGCCAUGAUCACCGGCGAUGUCCGCAAGAUGGCUCAGCUAUUCCUUGAGACAUGCCCGGGAGACUGGAAUAGAGGUUGGGGCGUGGGACUCAGCACCAUGCUGACCGAUGCAGUUAAGCACGGGAUCGAACCCAAGAAGCGGCGUGUCCGUCGAUAUAUCGACAUCGCAGCGUUCAUCAUGUAUCGAUGGCAAUUGGCUGAAAUGGCAGAUUCUUUUGUACAAGAGCACAAGCUGCGAAAGCCCAACGAUGAGACAUGUAUAUUCUGGAACAAUUUUGACUGGUCAGCCCCCGCCCAUCAAACGAUCCCUGGGUAUGGAGACCGGUUUGGACUGGCCUACAGUCACCUUGUCCACGAGGGGUUCAACCCUGAACCAAUGCGUUACCAGGGUCCUCACUUUAAUCGAUUUACCAGACACAUGGCGGCGGCCAUCGCCUUAACGGACCUUCCCCAGGAGGAGAACCACCGGGUUCUUCAAAGCUUGGUGUGUCGUAUGGAUAAGUACAAGGAGUUUAACAAGAAGAUCUGUGUCGAGGACAAGGGAGUUCUCCAAAGGGAACGAGAAUGGCAUGAGGCAAUCGGACGAUAG